AUGGCGACUAUGUACGGAAGGUUAGGCAGAAGAAACAUACUCCAACAACUUCCUCGAAUCCUCUGUCGUCAUAUCCAUAACUCGUCACGGCUACACCAAUUCAACAAAUUUAUAUCCAAUCUGAUUCGAAGUGGUAGAUUAAGCGAAGCGAGAGCACUCUUUGAUUCCAUGGAGCACCGAAAUACCGUUACUUGGAAUUCCAUGAUCAGUGGAUACGUGCAUGGGAGAGAGAUCGUCAAAGCACGCCAACUGUUUGAUGAAAUGCCCCAAAGGGAUAUCGUGUCCUGGAAUCUCAUUGUUUCUGGUUACUUUUCGUGUCGUGGAAGUAGGUUUGUUGAGGAAGGACGAAAGCUUUUCGAGCUAAUGCCCCAGAGAGACUGUAUCUCUUGGAACACGGUCAUCAGUGGGUAUGCUAAGAAUGGUAAGAUGGAGCAGGCUUUGAAACUCUUCAAUGCCAUGCCGGAGCGUAAUGUUGUGUCCUCCAAUGCUGUGAUCUCUGGUUUCUUGCUGAAUGGUGAUGUGCAUUCGGCGGUUGGUUUUUUUAAGAAGAUGCCUGAGCGUGAUUCAGCUUCUCUUAGUGCCCUUAUUUCAGGGCUUGUUAGAAACGGGGAAUUGGACAUGGCUGCUGGGAUUCUGCAUAAAUUUAGGAGUGAGGAUGAUGGGAAGGAUGAUUUGGUGCAUGCUUAUAACACUCUGAUUGCAGGUUAUGGCCAAAGAGGUCAGCUGGAGGAAGCACGGCUUCUUUUUGACGAGACUCUGGAUGAUCGAGGUGGUGAGAACAAGGAUCAACGGAGGCUCAGGCGAAAUGUAGUCUCAUGGAAUUCAAUGAUGAUGUCCUAUGUGAAAGCGGGAGACAUAGUUUCUGCCAGGGAACUAUUUGAUAGGAUGGCGGAGCGUGAUACUUGUUCUUGGAACACUGUGAUCAGUGGCUAUGUUCAAAUCUCGAACAUGGAUGAAGCUUCAAAGCUUUGCAGGGAAAUGCCAAGUCCUGAUGUACUUUCGUGGAAUUCGAUAGUUUCUGGGUUUGCACACAAUGGUAACUUGAAUCUUGCUAAAGAUUUCUUUGAGAAGAUGCCCCACAAAAACCUGAUCUCAUGGAAUACGAUGAUAGCUGGCUAUGAGAAAAAUGAAGACUAUAAGGGUGCUAUUAGGCUAUUUUCUCAGAUGCAGCUUGAGGGAGAGAGGCCAGAUAAACACACAUUAUCUUCAGUUAUCAGUGUGUGUACUGGGUUGGUGGAUCUUUACCUAGGCAGGCAGAUACAUCAGCUUGCCACGAAGAUUGUUCUUCCUGAUUCACCGAUAAAUAAUUCCCUUAUUACCAUGUACUCGAGGUGUGGGGCAAUAGCUGAUGCAUGCACUGUAUUUAAUGAGAUAAAACUUUAUAAAGAUGUGAUCACUUGGAAUGCAAUGAUUGGAGGCUAUGCAUCUCAUGGCUUAGCGGCAGAAGCUCUAGAGCUUUUCAAACUCAUGAAAACGUUUAAAAUUCACCCUACCUAUAUAACCUUCAUUUCGGUUUUAAAUGCAUGCGCCCAUGCGGGACUAGUUGAAGAGGGGAGGAUGCAAUUCAAAUCCAUGAUUACUGACUAUGGUAUUGAGCCGCGGAUUGAACACUUUGCUUCCCUUGUUGACAUCUUGGGACGACAGGGGCAGCUUAAGGAGGCUAUGGAUUUGAUUAACACCAUGCCAUUUAGACCUGAUAAAGCUGUAUGGGGUGCAUUACUAGGUGCUUGUAAAGUGCAUAAUAAUGUAGAAUUGGCCCUAGUAGCAGCUGAUGCUUUGAUCAGACUUGAACCAGAAAGUUCAGCUCCAUAUGUGUUGUUAUAUAAUAUGUAUGCUAAUUUAGGACAAUGGGACGACGCUGAGAGUGUGAGAAUGUUGAUGGAAGAAAAGAAUGUCAAGAAGCAAGCAGGGUAUAGUUGGGUAGACUGA